AUGCGAACAUCGUCACGCCCCAGGAAGCCUAUCGGUAGCUACGCGGCGGAGCCCGAUUAUGGGAUCUCUAAGGAUGACUUGGUGCUCAAGGUGCCGAAAGCGCCGGUCGCUUUCACAGCCGGAACCCCCAGCCUUGGCGAUCCACCUCUCCCAGCGACUUCGCUUUCCCUUCCCUCCCUUCCCUCCCUUCCUUCCCUUCCUUCCUCCUUCGCCUCUGGCCCCAAAACCGACCAAGCCAUGUCUGCAUCGUCGAUCAACAGCACGGCCAAUACGGCGGAAAGUUGGAAGGAAGGAAGCGGCAUCACGCAAGGGCGGAGUGGUAGCGGUGUCAGCGAGGAUGAUGGGCAGGAGCAGGGCAGUAGUGGGGACCUUGCAAAGGGCGGAGGCGGUAGUGGGGACAAGGAUGCUGGGGAUCAAGGAAGAGCGAUGACCGCUGGCGGUCAGGAGGGCGCAGGAGAGGAGGGAGGAAGGAAGACGCCCAACUCCAAGAAGAGAAGCGCCCAUUCCAGUGUCGACCGCGCUGUCAAACAGCGGAAGGUUGCGGACGGACGAGAAGUUGCCCUCGGAGGCGGAAUCCAGGUCACGCUUGACGAACUCCUUUUCACCCAAUACCAGGCCGCCAUCGCCACGCCAUCUGCGCCACAAUCCCCCAUGCACUUCGCUGCUUUCAACCUGGCUUCAGUGGCGCCACCGCCCCCGUCCAUGCCGGAUGACGAAACACUCGAUCUCAUGAAGAAAUCCAUCCCUCCCUACCUCUUCGAGCCCGAAAUGAUCGGUCGGCUCCAGCCCUUUUUUACAAUGGCCGAUUCGCACCGCGCCCUCCCCUCCAUCAUCGCCUGCAUCAACGACACGCAGGCGCAGAUGGCGCAGCUCCUCGGCUACCUAGCUUCGGUAGAAGAGGAACACGCCGUUCGGCACGAGAUGGCUCAGAAGCAUGUCACGGACGCCGAAGCCCAGAACGCCGAUCACGCCUCGGCUCGGUAUCAUCUUCAGCUGGAGCUGGUCGAGAUGAAGGCGACAGCGGCGAAGGAGCGGGAAGCUGCCCGGUUUGCGACCGGGAAAGCCAAGGAGGAGGCGGAGCGGCAGCUGCAGGCGGUCAGGCGCGAGGCCGAUCAGAAGCAGCAAGAGAUCAAGAGGGAUACGGAGCAGGAACUCCAGUCUGCGAGCGAAGAGGCGGAGCGAGCGCUACAAGAGGCGAAGGCGGCAGUGAAGCAGGAGAUGGAGAGAGGGAAGAAGGCAAAAGAAGAUGCCAUUGCGGAGCGGGACCGGUUCCACCGGGACCGUAGCACUGCUCUGUACAGCCAUCUCGCCAAGGCCCGAAAGGAGUUCGAGACCAAGACCGGCACACUCUCCGCACAGCUCUCGGACGCCAACGACCGGAUCGGCUCCCUCGGCGCAGAACUCGAGACCUCCCAAUCCGCCCUGACCACCGAGCGCGAAGCGAGUGCUGCAACCUCGGCAGCACUCGAGCAGGCCAAAGACACCAUCCAAAACCUCACCUCGCAAAUCAAGGACAAGGUAGCUAUCUGGUCCACCUUCUCCUCCGAUAUGGUCGCCCUCGCUCGGAAUUUCGUUGAAAUCAUCGGUCGGCUCAACAGCGGUUUAUCGUGA